UCCCCAUCUUCUCACGUCCCGAAAUGAGUUAACUAACACAUACUGCCGAGCUUCCCUCGCCCAACCCCAGCAGCAACGAGGGAGGGUCGCCUCUUCCCUCUCCGUUGAGCCUCUUCUCCACCUUUCCUCCCCUCGUCCUCGCCUUCCUCAUCCAGAUCCGGUGGCGGGGUCCUCAGGAGGGCAGUCUCGAGCUCGAGGACAGCGGCGCGCACCUUCUGCAUCGAGUUUCGGCUUGUUCACACCGCCGCCUCGAGCCGCUGCCCACCUCUCCCUGGUUCCGGCCUUCCGUGGCGGCGCCGAAGUGAAGAGCAGAGGAGCGAUACAAAUCAGCAUGGCAACGAGCGCCACGACGUGGGUGCUGAAUCCUCUCCUUGGUAAGCUCAGCCAGUUGCUCGGCGAGGAGUACAAGAAGCUCACGUGUGUGAGGAAGCAAGCCUCAUUCCUCAAGGACGAGCUCAGCGCCAUGAAAGCUCUCCUUGACAAGAUGGAGCUCAUGGAUAAGCUCGAUCCCUCCGCCAAGAACUGGAGGGACCAUAUCAGGGAGAUGUCCUAUGACAUGGAGAACUGCAUCGAUGACUUCAUUCACGACUUCGAAGGUGCCCGUGCAAAGAAAGGCUUCGUGAGGAAGAUGGCUCAACGCCUCAGGAGGCUGGGGAGGCGUCAUCAAAUUGCCAACCGGAUCGAGGAGCUCAAGGUUUUUGUAGUUGAGGCGAAUGCUCGGCGCGAGAGGUACAAGAUUGAUGAUUGCAUUAAUUCGAGUCCUGCCGAUGUGGUCGUCGAUCCCCGGCUCCCAGCGCUCUACAAGGAGGCAGCAGGCCUUGUUGGUAUUGAUGGCCCGAGAGAAGAGCUAGUCAGUUUGUUGAUAGAUUCUGAGAAAAAACUCAAAGUAGUUUCCAUCGUAGGGUUUGGGGGUUUGGGUAAAACCACACUUGUCAAACAAGUGUAUGAUGAGGUUGGAGGGUGGUUUGAUUGCAAGGCAUUUUUCUCAGUCUCCCAAAGGCCAGAUGUGAAAAUCCUUCUCAGUGGCCUACAAAAAGAGCUUGGGAUAGGGGAUACUUCUCAUGCUUGUCAGUUGCAAGGCAUUAUUGAUCGCCUUAGACAACACCUCAAACAUAAGAGGUACUUUAUUGUAGUUGAUGACUUGUGGGAUCAACAAGCAUGGGAUAUUAUUACUUGUGCCUUUCCUGAAAAUAGUAUCGGGAGUAGAGUAAUGGUAACCACACGAUUGGAUGAUGUAGCUGUCAAAGCAUGUCAGAGUGACCGUGCCUGCAUUUACAGAAUGAAACCACUGAACGAACAAGACUCAAGAAAAUUAUUCUUUGAUAGAGUAUUUGGGUCUGAAAAUGUAUGCCCACCACAGUUCACAGAAUUUUCGGUUGAAAUUAUCAGGAAGUGUGGCGGAUUGCCACUUGCAAUUAUCACCAUAGCUAGCCUAUUAGCUAGCCAUGAAUCAAGAUUGUUGAAUGAAUGGGAGAGCAUAAAGAAUUCUCUUGGUGCCACGUUUGCCACAAAACCCACCUUGGAGGAGAUGAGGGCAAUAUUGAACCUUAGCUACAUGCAUCUUCCUGUUUAUCUCCGGCCAUGUUUUUUGUAUCUUGGCAUGUAUCCAGAAGACCGUGAGAUCGAGAGGGAUGACCUGGUUCGGCAAUGGAUAGCCGAAGGCUUUGUUUGUAGUUCGCACGGAGCGGAUUUGUAUGAUGUUGCGAACAGUUAUUUCAAUGAGCUUGUUAAUAGAAGUAUGAUUCAUCCUGGAAGAACAUCUUAUGGGCAGGUAUUUUCUUGCAGAGUGCAUGAUAUGAUGCUUGAUUUGAUCCUAAGUAAGAGUACAGAAGAUAAUUUUAUUAGUGUAGCACAUAGCUAUGAAGACGUGGCAAAAUUGUGCGGCUGCAAGUACAAGAUUCGUCGAUUAUCCCUCCAAUCAGGUGUAGGUGGUGCAAAGUCGGAGGCCCUUGCUACUAGCAUGUCACAAGUUCGAUCAUAUGCAUGGUUUGCAGAGUCCCAAUAUACACCUCCCCUUUCGCAAUUUAAGUAUCUACGGGUGCUUGCCUUUGAGUUUCCAUAUAAUUGGAAAAUGACAGUCAACCUCACUGCAAUUGGCCAUUUGUUUUUACUGAGAUAUCUGAAGGUUUCAGCCAUAUCAGCAGGUGUAGCGCUCCCAGCAGAGAUUCAAGGGCUUGUGCAUUUGGAAACUCUGGAGUUAUAUUGCGAGCCGCCGCAAAGCUUUCCUUCGGAUAUAAGUUGUUUGGCCAGUUUGUUUCAUCUGGUGCUUCCAAGCGGUAUAGGGCUGCCUGAAGGGAUCGAAAAGAUGAAAUCAAUCCGCACCCUGUGUAGUUGGGACAUGUCAAAGAGUUCGUUGGAGGAUAUCAAAGGCCUUGGUGAGCUGACCAAUCUGAAGGAAUUGAACUUAAGCACGCAUUGCAGCAAGUGCUUGACGUUGGAACAAGAGGAUGCUUUGGUCUUCUCCAUCGUAAUGCUCCGAGGCCUCAAGCGCCUUGAGAUCAUUUGGAAGCGUGGAUGCAGUGAUCCUGACAGCCAGAUGGACACCUUACAUGACCCCCCACCACGUCUCGAGAGACUCUAUCUGCCAAAGUGGGAGUUCAGAAGAGUUCCCAAAUGGAUUGGUGAGCUAUGUUGCCUCCGGAUCCUCAAUUUGUGUGUUUUGCGCCUGUCGAGUGAUGACUUUCGUGUUCCUGGAGAGCUCCCCUCCCUCAUCUCUGUCAAGUUUUGGGUGAUGGAUGUCUCCCAAGACAAGGUUGUGGUCGGCACAGGGUUGUUCCCGGUUCUGGAAGACUUUUGGCUUGAGCGUCAUGAUGUCACUGUGAGUCUGUGCUUCGAGGCAGGGGCUAUGCCCAAGGUACAAAGGUUCACCCUGCAAUCCGCCUGGGCAGAGUGGAGAGGUGCUACACCAGUCGGCAUGGAGUGUCUGCCCUGCCUCCAGGACAUCCGUGUGCUUUGCUACUCCAGCAAUUCCGCUGAAGUCAAGUCUGCCUUCGAGAGCGCUGCAAGUCUGCACCCACGGCGUCCCUCUGUUACACUCUAAGUAGCCAUCCGUUUUAUCUGUUUGUAACUUAAUUACUUUCUUCUUCUAGAGCACUGUAAGCCUGAUGCACCUUUAGUUUUAUUUCUUUCAAUGAAUAUUUUUGUCAGCGCAAUUA